UAUCACCACUUUCAAUCUUUCAUUAAUUUAUCAUAAUAAUGAAGAAUAAUUCAGAUUCGUUAAUUCUCACAUUAAAAAAGUUUGAACCUUUAUGUCACAGACUAAAAUAAUUUAUAUUCUCCACGUUAUUAGUAAUAAUAAUCAUGAUGCAUAUAACAAUAGCGUUAACUACUGUGUUUACUCUGAAUCCACCAUUAUAGAUGUCGCAAAUAUCUGUUCGAUUAAAGCGUGAUGAUUCUCCUCCGAAAGAAGCACAAGUGGUUAUUUGUGGUGGUGGUGUUAUGGGAGGCGCAGUUGCUUAUCAUUUGUCACUUAUGGGAUUGGGAUCUGAAACCAUUCUUGUAGAAAGCGGCAGAUUAGGAGGUGGUACAACAUGGCAUGCAUCUGGUCUAGUUGGUGCUUUCAAACCAAGUUUAGCGCAGGUGAAAUUGGCUCAAGAUAGUAUAGCGUUAUAUAAACAUUUAGAAGGGAAAGGUCUUUCUACCGGUUGGAAACAAUGUGGUAGUCUUUCUUUGGCGCGUACGAGAGACCGUAUGACUGCAUUUAGACGAAUGAAGGCUCAAUCUGUGUCACGAGAUAUCGAAUGUUAUUUGAUUUCACCAGAAGAAGUCAAGCAAUUGUGUCCAUUAUUACGCAUAGAUGAUCUCAUUGGUGGAUUAUGGAUUCCUGGUGACGGAGUAGGUGAUCCAUAUCAAAUAUGUUUAUCAUUGAUUAAAGAAGCUAAAAGUAAAGGUCUUAGAGUUUAUGAAAAUUGCAAAGUUACUAAGAUCAUUAAUCAAGAUAAUCGUAUUGAAUCAGUUGAAACCACACAUGGAACAAUAAAAUGUUCACAUUUUGUUAAUUGUGCUGGAUUUUGGGCACGCAAUGUAGGAAAACUUAGUGAACCAUAUGUAAAGGUUCCACUUCAUCCGGUGGAGCAUUAUUAUCUGCAUACAAAACCUGUUAAUGGUUUAGAUCCUAUGACACCAGUAAUACGUGACUUAGAUGGUUACAUCUACUUCAGGGAAAACAAUGGUCGUAUAUUAGCAGGUGGAUUUGAACCAGUUGCAAAACCAGCAUUCGAAGAUGGGUCGAUACCUGAGAAUACUAACGAGAGAUUUCUGCCUGAAGAUUGGGAUCAUUUUCAUAUUUUAUUAGAACAAAUGCUUCACAGAAUCCCAAGUUUAGGAAAUGUAAUAUUGGAAAAAUUAUGUAAUGGUCCUGAAGCAUUUUCUCCGGAUUGUAAAUGGAUUGUCGGAGAAGCUCCAGAAAUACGUAAUUAUUAUGUAGCUGCUGGCAUGAAGACUGUUGGUAUAUCAGCUGCUGGUGGAGUUGGUCGUGCUACUGCUGAAUUAAUAGUCAAUGGAUCAACUUCGUUAGACAUGUAUGAAUUAGACGUUUCACGUUUUCUUGGUUUACACAAUAAUCGUAAAUUUUUACGUGAUCGAGUAAGGGAAGUACCUGGAAUGCAUUAUGCGUUGCAAUAUCCUCAUCACGAAUUUAAAACUGGAAGAAAUUUAAGAAUGUCACCAAUUUAUCCUAAGCUCAAAGAAGCUGGUGCUGUUUUCGGUCAAGUGAUGGGAUACGAACGACCAUCCUGGUUUCAACCUCUCAAUGAAAAUGAUUUAGAUUCGACCGAUAUAUUCCAGAAAUGUAAACUGGCAUAUACGAAUACAUUUAGCAAACCACCAUGGUUCGAACGUGUCAGUUUGGAGUAUGCAACUUGUCGAGAAUCAAUCGGGCUCAGCGACUAUUCAUCUUUUACUAAAAUCGACUUAUGGUCUAAUGGCAUGGAGGUAGUAGAUUUAUUGCAAUAUUUAUGUUCAAACGACGUUGAUGUAGCUGUGGGCAGUAUCAUCCACACUGGAAUGCAAAAUUAUCGUGGUGGUUAUGAAAAUGAUUGCAGCUUAGCACGUAUUGCACCAAAUCACUAUAUGAUGAUUGCACCGACUAUCCAACAAACACGAUGUAAGUACUGGAUUAGUAGGCAUUUACCAUCAGACGGCUCUGUUGCUGUAUCUGAUGUAACAUCGGCGUACACUGCUAUUUGUAUCAUGGGACCUGCUACAAGACAAUUGUUGAGUGAAUUGACUGACACUGAUCUGAAUCCUAAGAAUUUCCCAUUUUUUACAUUCAAAGAGUUAGACGUCGGCCUUGCUAAUGGAAUUCGUACAAUGAACUUAACACAUACUGGAGAAUUAGGCUACGUUUUGUAUAUACCAAACGAAUUUGCCCUACACGUUUACACGAGAUUAAUAGAAGCCGGUGAAAAAUAUGGAAUAAAACAUGCCGGUUAUUAUGCGACACGAGCGUUAAGAGUUGAAAAAUUUUACGCGUUUUGGGGUCAAGAUUUAGAUACUUUUACUACUCCUCUUGAAUGUGGUCGUGCAUGGAGAGUGAAAUUUGAUAAAGGAGUUAAUUUCAUAGGGAGAGAUGCACUUUUGAAACAACGCGAAGAAGGAGUUAAACGUAAAUACGUUCAAUUAUUGUUGAAUGAUCAUGAUCUUGAAUUUGAUACAUGGUGUUGGGGUGGCGAACCGAUAUAUCGAAAUGGAAAAUAUUGUGGUAUGACAACUACUACGGGUUACGGUUUUACAUUUAGAAAACAGGUUUGUCUUGGAUUUGUACAAAACUUUGAUUCAAAAGGUCAGCCACAAGAAGUAACAAACGAAUACAUAUUGUCAGGAGAUUACGAAGUGGAUGUUGCAGGAAUAAAGUUUCACGCAAAAUGCCACUUGCACAGUCCAAAUUUACCGACUAAGUUUCCUGAUAAGGAAAGAGACGCGUAUCACGCGACGCGUGAUCAUCAAACUUUGUAAUUUCUUGUAAGCGUAAGCCUUCGAUUUUCUGUACAAACAAUGUAUGUAGAAAGUUUAAUAAAUUAUUUAAUAAGUCUCAUAUUCA